AUGUUGGAUGCAAGGCAGGGAAGAAGGCGGAGCCCUCGCCGCGCCUCUCACGAGGGCAGCGAGAACGAGUGCGAGGGCAGCAGCGUCGUAGUGCGCCUUUCCACAGGCUCCGCAGCCGGCGGCGGCGGCGGACCCGGCACUCCCGUCGCAAAGCUGCUGCAGCAGCAGUCCUCCGCCGUCGAGACGGCAGCAGCGCGCUCCCCCCUCACCCCCGCCGACAACGGCGGCGCUCCACCAGCAGCAGCACCCUCCGCCGCCGCCGCCGCCACGGCGGCGGUGGUGGCACCGGAACAGCAGCAGUCCUCCGCGGCCGUGACCCCUUCCAAGGUGAAGCCGCCCACCGCCCCCGGCGUGAGCCGCUUCGGAUUCAAGCCCCCCCCGGCGGCGACGACGACAGCGGCCGGAUCGCUGUCGCCGAGAGGAAGGCCAACCGCCGCCACCGCCGCCUCCGAGCGCAGCAGCGGCAGCAGCGGGAGCAGAAGCAGCCAGGGCGCUCCGCCGGCGGCAGCGACAGGGACAACCCGUGCGAGCGCUCGCUCGGCCGUGCUGUCCCCGUCUCGAACGGGAACCGCCGCCGCCGCUAACGGCGGCGGCGGCAGCGGCAGCAGUCGCGUAACAGGCGGCAGGAGCACGGCGACUUCCGGCGGCAGGGCGGCGACGACGGCGACCACCCGGUCGCGAGCAAGGGCGGGAGCGGCGGCGGCGGCGGCGGCGGCAGGAGCUAGCGGCGGGCGCGCCACCAGGCGAGGCUCAGGCGGGGCGAGUGGUAGCCGCGCCCGGGCUACGAGGUCCGGGACCGCGCCGGCGGGAACCGGCCGCUCGAACGGCGGCAGCAGGGCCGCCUCGGGAACGGCGGCUCCGUCGUCUAGGCGCCUGUCGCACAAGCUCUCGCAGCCGAUCGCGGUGUCCGGCCGCAUGACGCGGACCGCCACGAAGGUCAAGCCCCGCCUCGAGUUCUCGAGCAGGGCGGCGGCCGCCACCGGAGGCGGGGGCUCGGCGCUGAGCAUGACGUCACCGAGCUCGGGGAGGACGAAGAGGAACGCGGGCGCGCCGGGGUCGGCGACCAGGAGGGUACACAAGAGCCCUCGGACAUCCAUCGAUCGAGACUACACGCCGUUGCGAUCCCGGACGCCGGGGUCCGAGGGAAGGGGAGGCAUCAGGGUGCACGCGCAGCGCAUCUUUACCGUCAGCGACGAUGACGUGGAGGACAUGCUCAAGACGAAGGUUAAGGGCGCGAGCAAGUGGGACUACAAGACGCGCAUCCAGAACCAGAACGAGCUGCUGGCGCAGCUCCGAGCGAUGCUGAACACCAUGCUGCAGCAGAAGCAGCGCUUCAAGGACGCCUGCAUCGACACGGAGGCCGCUCUCAAGGCGGAAAUGAGGAAGGUGAACUCACGCUGCGAGGACGUGGAGAGGGAUCACGUCGAACUUCUAGACGAGAACGCGCGGUAUCAGUCGGUGGAGGCGGGGCUCAAGGCUGACCUCAAGCUUGCCAAGGAGGAGCGGGCUCUGCUCCGCGCCGAGAACGAGAAGCUUGCCACGAAGCUGGAGGCCAAGGUUGCCGAUGGGGAGGCUAGGACAGGGGAGGCGGAGACGCAGCUGGCCAUGGCGCGGGAGAAGCUCGCUUGGGCGGAGGCCCAGGCGAGCAUGGCGCUGGCGCAGAAGGAGCAGGAGUGGGAGACGAGGAUAGACUCGGCCACGUCGGGUGCCCACCAGGAGGUGGCCAUGCUGACGGCCCGCUUGGAAGGGAAGGACCUCGAGCUCGAGUCCAUCAGGGAGGACGGUGCCGACAUGCUCCAGAAGAUGAGCUCGACGCUGUCGACCUUCGCCAAGUCUCAGAUGGCGGCCAACGAGCGGGAGUCCGAGCUGAAGGAUGCACGGAGGGCGCUGGAAGAACGCCUUUCCUCUCUAGAAGCAGAGAAGCUCAUGAACGCUAGCAGAGAGUCCUCGGAGUUCCGGGCGGAGCUUGUGGAGGCCAGGAUGAAGGCUCAGCAGACGGCUGCCGUACAGCAGCAGCACUCCAAGGAGAUGGAGGCCGAGCGCGUCGCCAGGGUCAAGCUCGAGACGGAGUCUGAGAUUCGCGCUCAGGCUGCCACGGCCGACAAGGCCGCCCUCCGGGAGGAGCUGGUUGUCGCGGAGGAGCGUCAGCUGGAGCUGGAGGCCGAGGUCCGCGGCCUGAAGGCAGCCGUGGUGGAUGCCCAGACGAACGCCGAGCAGCUCGAGGAGAUGAGCAGGGCCCAAGGAGAGCUGGAGGUCCUGCGCCGCCGCCUGGAAGCUCUGUCGAAGGAAAAGGAGAACGUUGCCAUCGGCGCGUCGGCUAAGGUGGAGGAGCUCGAGGCCAAGGUCCUGGAGGGGGAGCUGCAAAGGAGGAAGAUGCACAAUCUCAUUCAGGAACUCCGAGGAAACGUUCGCGUUUUUGCGCGAGUGCGGCCGUUCCUGCCCUCAGAUGGCGUCGGACCGGAAGAGGUGCCGGCCGUCGUGGGCAAGGGCGACGGGGUUGGCUGCGUGCUGUCCAAGAGGCUUAUCGGGGACAACGGGAAGGAGCUUCCGCCGGAGGCACAGUCGUUCUCGUUCGACAAGUGCUUCCCGCCCAGCGCCGGGCAGGAGGAAGUGUUCACGGAAGUGUCGGAGUUCGUCCAAUCAGCGCUCGACGGUUUCAACGUGUGCUUGUUCAGCUACGGCCAGACCGGCUCGGGCAAGACGCACACCAUGCAGGGCAGCGGCGCGGGCGACAUGAGGGGCAUGAUCCCCCGCGCCAUGGAGCAGGAAAGGAUUUUGGUGGCAUGA